AUGUUUCGGCCGAAUGCCGCGCAAACGCGCUGCGCCGUGUACGCUCUGCACUCCUGGUCGGAUCCAGCUGAUCGCCUGGCCCAUAAGCGCUCAAAAAUAGGUGUUUGCGCAAUCGUUACGGCUAAUAUUGCCAACUUCUGCGCUACUGCCACCGACUCGGUGACAACUGGGGCUCCUGCCUCCGGCCGAUUCGCACCCGCAGAAUCUACCGUCUCUCUAGAUACCAAGUCCCUGCAGACGUUCCGCGCCGAUAAACCACCUCGCAACUGCGAUAUCAAUCACGCCGGCAGCGUUCAUAAUGCGCAGAUGACAUAA